AUUCCGAAAGGGGCCUGUUGUUUGGAGUCUGGGACUGGGCGGAGUGGCUGCGAGGCGGGACGGACAGAAAGGGGAGCAGCAGCUUUUCUCUGAGGGUAGCUUGCCGGGCUUUUAUCAACCCCACUCCCUUUACUCCUUCGCAUGAGUGAGGUGUCGACCGAUAAAAGGCGAGUUCUCUGGCUUGCGUUCUGUUCCUUUCGACAUUGAGAUAGGGUGUGCGUUAAGGCAUCAACUGAGUAGGGGAGCUAUGAUGCUUACAAAGUCAUGGUGGCUUCUAGUCCUUUGUGUUCUGCUGCCCUCUACUUAUGCCCAUACAGAUUUCUUCACUUCAAUAGGUCACAUGACAGAUUUGAUAAAUACUGAGAAAGACCUGGUGACUUCAUUGAAAGACUAUAUCAAGGCAGAAGAGAGCAAGCUGGAACAGAUUAAGAAGUGGGCAGAGAAGCUGGAUAAGCUGACAGACACUGCAACAAAAGACCCAGAGGGAUUUUUGGGCCAUCCUGUGAAUGCAUUCAAGUUAAUGAAGCGGCUUAACACAGAGUGGAGUGAGCUGGAGAAUCUAGUCCUGAAAGAUAUGUCUGAUGGGUUUAUUUCCAACAUGACUAUUCAGCGCCAGUAUUUUCCUAACGAUGAAGAUCAGACUGGUGCUGCCAAAGCUCUCUUACGGCUCCAGGAUACAUAUAAUUUAGACACAGACACUCUCUCAAGGGGAAAUCUUCCAGGAGUGAAACAUAAGACAUUUCUAACAGCCGAAGAUUGCUUUGAGCUGGGCAAGAUUGCAUACACUGAAGCAGACUACUACCAUACUGAGCUAUGGAUGGAGCAAGCUCUGAAACAGCUGGAUGAUGGAGAGGUUUCUUCUUCUAUUGACAAGGUUUCUGUUCUCGACUACUUGAGUUAUGCUGUGUACCAGCAAGGGGAUCUGGACGAAGCAGUGAUGCUCACAAAGCGGCUACUUGAGUUGGAUCCAGAACAUCAGAGAGCAAAUGGCAACAUGAAAUACUUUGAAUAUAUCAUGGCUAAAGAAAAAGAAAAAGAAGCAAACAAGUCUAUUGCCCAAACAGAUGAACAGACUGGAAAAGAAAUUAAAACCCAGAAAAAGGGAUCUUCCAAGGAUAAUCUGCCAGAAAGGCAGAAGUAUGAAAUGCUGUGCCGUGGUGAGGGUCUCAAAAUGACUCCAAGAAGACAAAAGAAACUCUUUUGCCGCUAUUAUGAUGGGAAUGGGAAUCCUAGGUACAUACUGGGUCCUGUUAAACAAGAGGACGAAUGGGAUCGCCCUCGGAUUGUUCGCUUCCUUGAAAUAAUUUCUGAUGAAGAAAUAGAAACUGUGAAAGAGCUUGCAAAACCAAGGCUGAGGCGAGCCACCAUUUCAAACCCCAUAACAGGAGUCUUGGAGACUGCACAUUACAGAAUUAGCAAAAGUGCCUGGCUGUCUGGAUAUGAAAACCCUGUAGUGGCACGUAUUAAUGCAAGAAUACAAGAUCUAACAGGGCUGGAUGUUUCUACAGCAGAGGAGCUCCAGGUAGCCAACUACGGCGUAGGAGGCCAGUACGAGCCUCAUUUUGAUUUUGGAAGGAAAGAUGAGCCAGAUGCCUUUAAAGAACUGGGUACAGGCAACAGAAUUGCAACGUGGCUAUUCUAUAUGAGUGAUGUUGCAGCAGGAGGAACAACUGUAUUUCCUGAAGUAGGAGCUAGUGUUUGGCCUAGAAAGGGAACAGCUGUAUUUUGGUACAAUCUUUUUCCAAGUGGUGAAGGAGACUACAGCACAAGGCAUGCUGCCUGUCCAGUACUAGUUGGAAACAAAUGGGUAUCCAAUAAAUGGAUCCAUGAACGUGGACAAGAAUUUCGAAGACCAUGUACUUUAUCAGAGUCAGACUGAUCUAUACAUUUCCCAUUUCUCUUCCUUUUUGUGCAAAUUACACUUCCCUUCCACAUUUCCCUUGAUUAACACUGAUAGUUUGCACUAACACUCCACUACAACUUUUGUCUCCAGUGCCGACUAGUGCUUCAUCUAUCGACAAAUAUCUUCUCUUACCUAAGGACAAAUACCUUUGCUAAUAUACCCAUUUACAUUUUUAUAGAGAGAAUAUAUUUGAUUUCUGAAGUCUGAGUUGCCAUGGCCAAAAAUAACUUCUGCAGAGACAUUAUAAACUUCAUUAUACUGAUGGUAGAAUGAAUGUGGACAAUCUAUCCCCAGACAAGGACUUUGUUUGCUUGUAGGGUACAGUAUCAAUUGUCUUUUCUAUUCUAUUCUAUUGUUUUUAGAAUGCCUGACCACUGCUAUAAAACUGUGGACAGGGACUGUGAGUCGCAUCCCAUUGACAUCAGUGGCAAAACUCCACCAAAUGCAAAGAUUUUGGGUUGAGUCCAUGAGCUUUCCUUUCAAACUGUCUAUUUCUGGAUGGCUUUGUUAUGAACAUUCAGACACAGAAGGUCUUUUUUUUAAUGCCAGAUGGAUGAACCUCGUUGGUUAUCCUAAGAAAUGAGCCAGCAGUUACGUGCAUAUAAGUGACUUGAGCAGCACUGUCUUGUUACAGCUUCCAAAAACAGCUGGGGGUGGGGGUGGGGAGGACAUAAUUUGUUUUCCAGGUAUGAUACAUCUUUUUAACUAUAUGAUUCAAUACCUUUCUUUUAAAAAUUAAUUGCUGCUUUUAUUGUUUCAUAAUUUGAAAUAACCCUGUGAAUCGAUUCAGACAAGAAUAUCAUGGGUUUAAACACAGCAUUGUGCCUUAGACUGUUGGUCUCAUUUGUAUGAAACAAUCUGUAUAAUGAGAAAAUGCACACUUUCAUUCUGAAAAUGCCAAACUUUGUUUCUCAAUUGAGGUGUUUUGUGACAAAGAUGAUAUAUUUAUAAUACUAAAUCUUUUUUGAAAGCUUUUUGUUUUGUGUAUGUUGUGGACCCUGAAUGCGUACUGUCUCUGCUUACUAGUCUUUUACUUAAAGUAGCACUGUAUUUACAGGAAGGUAAUUUGAACUCUGAAGAUGUUAGUUAAAGCUCUCUUCUAUAUUUUAGCCAUUUUAUUUUUCUGAAUGAGGAUUUUUUAUUUCUGUAGAGAGGUCUCUGAUCAGAGCGUUUUGGCAUGCUUGGCAUUUCUUUGAUGCUUUCUCUCAAAUGCAGCCAAAGUUCUAUCUGAACAAAAGUGAAUGAUUUGGAAUCCACUGUACAAAUAAAUUUGUACAUCACAUCAGUAGUUUGAUCAGUAUUUUGGAACAGAAAUAGAUGACUUUUGUACGAGAUCAUGAACUUGUAUGAACUUGCUAGAUCCUAAGAUUCAUGUGGGGGCCAUAAAUAACAUCUUGACUCUCUAGUGCCACAAACAAAUAGAGGCUUGCUUCCCCAAAUUGCUAUAAGCUGUGCUUUUUUUGGUAAAGUAAAUAAAUGGUGUGCUAAGUUUGAUAACAAGAAAACUAUAUAGCGCUGCAUUCACACUUGAAUAAUGGCCAGGUCUUGUUGUGAAGACAGACAUAACGUAAAAAGAGCUCAUAGUGUGGGCCUCAGCCAUGGGAGGGAGUCCUACCAGCUUUGCAAUCAAAAUAAGAGGCAUGCAUAGUAGUUGAUCAAAUGCUGGCUCAGUUAUCCCUUCUUUAGUUGAUGGCACUACCUGGCUGUUCUACAUUUGUCUGUUCUUUUGUCCCCAAUGAAUUAAAGAUGUUUCCAUUUAAAAAAAAGAUGCUCCUGGGAUUGGAGGAGGGGAGGUUUGUUAGUGAAAUCACAGGGGCAGGAGAAAACAAUUACAGUUAACACCAAGUGCAGCUGACUUGUUCUGUAGAACUUGCAGAACUAUUUUUCCUUUUGCACUCAACCCUAGAGAGGAGUCAAUUGCAAUUGAAGACAUUUCUGGAACAGUCCCAAUACUGUAAGACAUUGCUUGUCUUCAUCCUUAUUUUUCUUUUUUCCCACCCCUUCCUAGAGAUGGGGCUCUUUGAAAAACUUGAAUAUUACAGAGAUUGCCCUAUCUUGGAAAAACUAAGCUACUGUUGUCAAAGUGAACUGUAAUAAUCUAAAGACUGAAUGUAAAGAUAAGAGAAUGACUAGUUUGUCAAAACUGCCUGCCAUACCAAAGGCUGACAUAAAGGCUGCAAUUCCAUGCCUACUUAUUUUGUACUAAUACAUUCAACUCUGUGGCCUGAUUUGGAUGUAAUACUAAGCUAUAGUUUAGGGUUAAUGUGCAUGAACGUCAGAUUUAUGCACUUCCUCUCCCACCUGUAGUGCAGCCAUGAAGAGGAGAUAGGAAGCUUUCACUUCCGUUUUCAGAUGACUGUUUACAUCCAGCCUAGACAAACUAUACUUAGCCUCAGCUGUGACUUAAGGAAUAAGCCAACUUUAUAAACCAUGGUUUGAAGUUUGUUUGUCCCUUUAACCAUAGUUAAGAGUAACCAAAGAUUGUCUAGGUUUAUAUAUAACGGUAAACUGCAGUUAAUUAAGAAUGGCAGCAAAAUCUUUUGAUUUCCUCCACAUAGUUGUCAUGGAAUGGAGGAAAGCACACAAUCCAAGGCUCAUCAACAUAACACUAAACCAUUGUUUAGCAUUGCUUCCAAACAAAGUCACUGUGCCAGGAUGCUUCAGUUUACUUAAACAGAAAAAAAGAUUUAAUUUAAGCAUAUCUGUAAACUCUGUGACUGUGAAGUCUUUAAAGUAAGGCAGCACACUUUGCAAUACAGCUGAAACUGAAGAACUUCCGUUUAUUUUGAUAAUCAUUUGAUUUUAGUGCCUGUUACUUCCAAGUGUAAAAUACAUCACCUUAAUUAUAUUGUGGAGUGCAUUGCCAAAAGGGCAUGCAUAAAUUGAGAAGGAGUAUUGCAAGAUGGAUGGUUGUGACAAUGAUCCUCUUAAAAGAUACUAUAGACAUUAAUUCAACUCAGAGUACUUUGCCCUUAACACUAUAACUUGUGGGUGGACAGACAGUGCCAAAUCCAUUAGUUCUAGAAUGUUCUAUAUUAGAACUGCUGUUUUAUGCUCUGUAUUGUGUUUAAGUUACUAGUAAACAGCUAGCGAAGCUUUCUUUCUGUUCGGGAAAUGUUGCGAAAAAAAUUGCAACCAACAAUAGCAGAUUUCAGCUAAAUUAAGCCACAGACAUUUAACCAGUGUUAGUAAAUUCCUCUUGUAAGAUUAAACAGCAGUUCUCAUCCUUGGCUUUUCUGUCUGUGUAGUGGAAAUUUUCCACUACUGCCAAUCCUAAACACACCUUGACUAACAAGUCACGAUACAUGCAGACUUCUAUUGAGCAGGCUCUCAAGUGCAUGAGAAUGCUUUCUAUGAUUUACCUUCAUUCAGAGCUUUUUCCAACAGUAAAGUAAAUAUGGAAGCCGUUAGUCUUACAGAGCUUUGUAUAGCCACAGUUCUUGGGGUGGAGAGUGCAAGGCCCAUUUUCACCUACAAGGUGAUGUAUCCCACAUUACUUUUAAAGGCUGACAAAGGUGAACCAUCUUAGCUUGAGAGCAACCAGUGUUUAGUCCCAUAUGUUGAAAACAGCAUAGGUGUUUGAGUGCUAUGUUCCAACAUGUGUCAUUUGCUUGCUAUGGUAAAUAUAGAAUUUCUGUCAUCAUUCUUUUUUGCAAAGGCAAUGCACUUUUUUCCGAUUUAAAAAAAUAAAUCCAUGAAUUGUACAGAGACAUGGGAAACACAAAGAACACAUUGGCUUUAGGAGCAUGGGAUCAUCUAUUAGCUUGUUUCUGUCAAGUUGUAACUGCAUCGUAGCAAUCUGUUCCCAGAACAAAACCCAAACCAAGAAAACGUUGCUUUAUUUUCAUUUAAAAGAAGCGGAAUUACUGCACAAUGGAACUGACUAUGAACUACAGAGAAGUCUUGAGAGCUAGAACAGUAAAGCAAUGGGACAUUUUGAUAGUGGAUGGAAGUUUAAAGUUUUGGCUCUUGGAUUUUACUGAAGAAAAAGCCCUGUGAGAUGGAAGAUGAGCCAAAACAGUGAGUUUUGCUAACCUCUUGCUAACAUAAAGAAAUUAAUCUGUUGAGAGUUUUUCUGGAGUUUGUAUGGAAGGCCUGCAGUUCUGUGCCACACACUUAGGAGGCACCACUGAAAUCUAAAUAUUUUUGUGUAUCUGAGUAUGAAAUGUUACUUCAUUCAUGAAGGUUGCUUUUACUGUCUUCUAUUCCAUAGUUCAUGAAAACAUCUCAGUUUCCUAGGAAGCAGCACACUUUAGGAGUUAGGCACUUGGAAUGUUUGCAUUUCUGUUCUUGCUGGUUUAUUGGCUCGCUUAUUACUCACAAUGUGAAUCGCUCCCAUGUUUGAAUAAGUGAAACUUAAUUUGGUACUUCUUUUUCCAGCAAAAGUUCACUUUCAUGUCUCCAUUCCUGAAAAAAGCAACUAAUUUUUGCAGAUGAAUUGGAUCAUUCUUAAUGGUGCAAGAAAAUGUUUUUACCCAUGAUACUAAACCCACUUUUUUUCAUUAGUCUUCUGCAUUCAUGGUUAGCCAAGGAGACCUAGAUCUUGCUGCCUUCUCUGUUGCUUUAGGGUCCUGAGCUUAACUCUUCUGUGAAUGCAGUUCUGUGUGAAGUAUGAAUGAUAACUGUUGUGGCUUACAAUGGUAUUUGAGAAAUUGCCUUACUGUAUUGCUUUUUCUUUUUUUUUGUAAUAAAUAAAUGAUGUAAAAUGUAAAUAAAAGCCUUUGCCAUUCAUAGGGAGAA